CAAAAAGGAUGUUCCAGUGGUGGGGACAAGAUAUAAAUACAUCUGAUAUACUAAAACCAUCGGUUCUAAUUCCUCCACCGUUAAACCACAAUGAAGAGUUUCGUGUUUGUGACUGUCUUUGCUGUUGUCGCGUGGGCUCGUCCCGACGUGUCCCAUCUACAAAAUGCCUACGUACCACCAGUAACUAGUUACGGAGUACCGUCAUCCUCUGUUCCCAGCGGUAGCUACCUUCCUUCAGUACCAUCGUCUUCAUCAUUAAAUGUAUUUCGAGCACCUUUCGGUAGUUCUCAACAAAGUGUGAGCAUUGUACCCAAUUAUCAACCCAGUUAUCAAUCCAGUUAUCAAUCCAAUUAUUACCCAUCCCUUCAAACACAACAGCAAAACAUCGACGUUCAACUCCAGCCUUCAGCUGUCGAACAUAGAAAGUCAUUCUACUUCUACUCCGCUCCUGAAGAACCUGAAACACGUACUCGCAUUACCAUUCCCAUUCCUCCACCCCAGAAAAGGACCAACUAUAUUUUUGUCAAAGCACCUGUUAGCCGACCUCAACCAGUUCCAGUUAUCGUUCCCCAAGGAGGUGUCGACCAAAAAACCGUAGUGUACGUUCUAGUACGCAAGAACAACCAACAAGUGAAACCUGUAGUACUCGAUGGUCCGGCACCAUCUCCACCCCAGAAACCCGAAGUCGUUUUCGUCAACUACGACUCUGCACAACAGGUGCACAACCUCAUCCACGGAACUGCCCACGGAGAACAGCAUCCAACUUCUUCAGACGUUGACACCCCUACGUUUGUUGGACAUGUUCAACAAGAUAUCGCAAAAAGUGUUUCUGGCGGAUCUUCUCAAUUCGAUAUCAAUUUCCAACCUCAACCAGCUUCACAAGCCGUUGAAAAAGUUGAAGGUAUCUCGGGCAGUGAAUCAUUUGGAAUAGGGGGUGGUGUUCAAGCUAACUAUGUCGGGGUAGGAUCUUUGGGCUCUCAUUCAGUUGAAGUCAGCACUGCAGGUCCACAAGUUAGUCAGGUUUUCUCUGGAUACAGUUCGACAGUUGUUCCCAGUGUGAGACCCACCGAAACUGUUCAUAUAGGUGGUGGUGAUUCUUCGCAAUCGAUUUCAUUCGGACCCGCUGGCCAGAGUGGACCGUACUAAAGAACUGUUUUAAGUACAAUUAAAAAAAAAAGAUCAUACUGCCUUUUUUUUAUAUCAUGUGGCGUUUAAGAAAUUGUCUCAGUAAAUAAAUUAAUAUAAACAUUUC